ACUAAUCAUUGUACAAUAUGAGUAUCCCAGACGAGUUUGACGCAGUUGCCUGUUCGUUGGAGGCCGACACCAAGCAAAAAUACACAGCGUUGCUUACAGACUUUGAAAAGUCGCUAGAAAGCUACUGGAAGUUUGAGACGGUUGAUGGCAUGUUUAAGCAGUCCGAUGAUUCCACCGACGAAUACAAGUUUGAUUAUUUAAAAGAGGAUUUCGGACGUCUUUUGAGCUGGGAAGAGACGUUUGCCAAGCUUGACGAGCUUAAUUCCAAUGCUCCUGCCAACGAAUGCUACAAGGUGUUUUUUUUGGCCAGACAUGGGCAAGGAUACCAUAACUUGGCCAACAGUACGUAUGGAAACAAGGAAUGGUACCGCAAGUGGUCGGAGCUCAACGGGGAUGGGAAGAUCGUGUGGGGUCCAGACCCCGAGUUGACGGAGCUAGGCGUGAGCCAGGCCCGGGACAAUGCCCACGUGUGGGCCGAGCAGGUCAAAAAGGGUGUGAAGUUACCCACGGUGUGGUUCAGCUCUCCCUUUAGAAGAAGUGCUGAUACUCUCAUUAACACAUGGGAGUCGUUUGUGGACAUUUCAACCAUAAAGCCACUCAUAAUGGAGGAUUUCCGGGAAACUAUAGGUGUGCACACUUGUGACAAAAGAUCGCCUCGAUCGGUGAUUGCAGCCAAAUACGAACAUUUGGGAUUUGUAAUUGAAGACGGAUUCGAAGAAGAAGACGUUUACUGGAAACCAGAUUAUCGGGAGACGAUCGAGGAGCAUGGGAUUCGGACCAACCGGGCAUUCCAACAUAUUUUCAAUAAUUGUGAGGAUGAGGUGGUGAGCAUAACCUCUCAUUCGGGAGCCAUUAGGGCCCAGUUGUUGGUGUUGAACCAUAGGCCAUUUCUGAUUGGAACUGGGGGGAUGAUUCCGGUGGUGGUUAAGGGAACCAAGUACGAGAAGGGAGAAUAGACAGAAUACUAGGCAAGACUAGACAUAGAAAACCUAUAGAUAUAUUUGAAUAGAGAUUAGAAUACAUAAGAGACAAACUAGAUUCAUCACCAC